AGCAGAGGGAAGAUGGGGUAUGUUGAUGGCAGGAUACAGGCACCUAGUACCACUGACUCAGGUUAUGACCAAUGGGAGAUUACCAACUCUUUGAUUAUGAGUUGGCUUAUCCAUUCGAUGGUUCCAGAACUUGGUGAGAGCUACUUGUCUAUGGAGACUGCCCAGGACGUUUGGAAGGCUGUGGCUGUUACCUAUUCCCGCAAAGGGAAUUUUUCACAGGCAUUUGAGUUGCGCCGCUCUAUUGAGAGCUCACUUCAGGAAGAGCAGACUGUUCUUCAGUACUUCACUUUCCUCACCAACGGCUGGAAACGCCUUGACCACCUGGAAGACUAUAAACCCGUUUGCCCUACUGAUUCUGUCGAGUACAAGAAGUUCAUCGCACGGGAACGGGUCUUUAAAUUUUUGGCCGGCCUAAAUGUGGAGUAUGAUCCCGUUAGGGGUCGAGUUCUGAGUAUGGACACUCUUCCUUCACUACAGGAGGCAUUUGCCUAUGUACAAAAUGAGGAGAGUCGCCGGUCUGCUAUGAUGUCCCCUGUCUCUACUGACCGUUCCGCAUUACUAUCUACUCCUCGAGAUGGCCUCAGCCUGCCUCCUCCAUCUGUUGCUAAGGAGUCUGUCUUCUGUGAUUAUUGCAAGAAGCUGCGGCAUACUCGUGAGAUGUGUUGGAAGCUUCAUGGGACUCCAUCCGGGGGUCGAGGUGAUCGGUCUGGUUCUCGAGGAGGUCGGUCAGGCCCAUCUAGAGGACGUGGUUCCUAUUCCCGGGCUCAUCAGUCUAGUGCCGUUGAUACCCUUGAUUCUAAUUCUACUUCUGUUACCCAAGCUUCUGAUACUGAGCUGGAGGAUGCUUUGCGCCAAUUGUUGGACCGCCGAUCUUCUACUGCUCUCAGUACCGCUUCCUCGUCCUUUGCCCGCUCAGGUAACUUAGCAUCUUCUCCUUGUGCUUUCCUGUGUCAUACAUCUUUGCCUUGAAUUAUUGAUUCUGGUGCCUCAGAUCAUAUGUCUGGCUCUUCUGAUCUUUUCUCUAUCUAUAAGCCCUCUUCAGGUCAGGACAAAGUUAGGAUUGCCGAUGGUACUGUUUCUUCCAUUUUUGGAAAAGGUUUAGUCCAAGUCACUCCUACCAUGCAUCUAUCUUCUGUUCUCCAUGUUCCCAAGUUUUCUGUUAAUCUGUUAUCCUUAAGUCGUCUUACCCAGGAUUUGAAUUGUUGUGUGACGUUUUUUCCUGAUCAUUGUCUUUUUCAGGACCUUGUCACGGGGAGGACGAUUGGUAGUGGUAGUGCAGAAAAUGGUCUCUACUUCCUAGAUCAACCGGACAAACUUGCUUAUUCUUCCACCACGUCUUCUACUACCCCCGCUGAUUUAUGGCUGUGGCAUCGGCGUCUUGGGCAUCCCUCAUUUCAUUUUCUUAAGCAUUUAUUUCCUUCUAGUUUCGCAAAUCAUCAUGUGUCUGACUUUCUUUGUGAGUCUUGUCAACUUGGAAAACAACAUAGAGCUUCUUUUGCUCCCAGUUUGAAUUAAAGCUUCGUUCCUUUUUCAUUAAUACAUU